AUGUCUGCCGUCAAACGUGCCGCCGAACGUACUGAACAAAGAGUGGCCAAUGCUUUAGCUAAACUGAUUACGGGUAACCGAAUGGUUACCACCAAAAUUUGUCCCCCUUUCUCUGGUACUGGUCCUAUCAGUCGAUGGGUGCAAAUCUGUGAAGCUCGCUGCCGCAUGUUCCAUGUCCCCUCGAAUGUGCAACCUGGUCCUGCCUCGCAUGCAUGGUCUCAAGAACUAAAAGAUGUCUCGCAAGCGGCUAUCGAUAUUGAGAACUUGCUGUCCACGAAUAGUGAGACGUUAGCGUCAACUUUUGAAAAAGCAUCCAUUAUCAUGAUGCUUCCGCUCCGGUCGCCCUUUCACCGUUGCUUCGUAAUUUUGCGAGCACUAUCUCCAUUCACAAUUCAUGCCAGCAGGAUCAUAGACAUUUUGUUUGCUGCCACGAAUAGUACAAUGCUCUCAGUUACAGUGAUCCUCACUAUCCUUACCAAUCCAACCAAUUCUGAACCAAUCCUCAACAAUCCUGAACCAAUCCUCAACCAAUCCUGA